UACAAUUUCAAAUUGUUCGCGUUUGUAUUCAAAUUAGCAAUUCUUUAAUGUAUACGUUAUUAAAAAAAGAAAAAACGAAUAAUACAAUGCGUUUAUUGUUGAUAAUAUGUAUCCUACUGGGUGUUUGUGUGUUGAUUUUACAAGUAAAUGCCGACCAAUGGAAAACCCUCAAGAAAGAUGAGCAGCCCAGUCUCGAUGUAACCACUUCGCAGUCAAAUGAAAACGACUCAUCGAAUCUUUUAUUAAACGAAAUUAGACGAAUUAUUUUCAAUUACAAAUCAUCGGCGCCAAAAAUGCUCGGCCCCGACUUAGCGUGGACACUGAUUGAUGCCGACUUGCCAAGAACAGUAAAUUGGACAAAACGCGGUGCCGUUUCAAUCGUCAAAUCUCAAGGAAAAUGCGAUAGCUCUUAUGCUUUCGCUGCGGCUGGUGCGCUCGAAGGGCUCUAUUUCAAGUAUAAUAAUUAUACACUUUUACCGCUGUCUGUUCAAAAUUUGGUCGACUGCAGUAUAGACUUCCACAACCACGGGUGCAACGGCGGUACUAUAGAGAAAGCGCUGGAAUAUGCCGCUGCCAAUCAUGGCAUCGACCCCGAAAGCGAAUACUCUUACGAUGGAAGCAGUAACACUUGCCGGAUGAAAAGGUCAGCACUGGUUUUGGUGAAUAUGGGCUAUACGUCACUUAUGAACGGCGACGAGUCGGCGCUGAAACGUGUGGUCGCCACUCAACCUGUCGCUGCGCGCAUUCGCGUCUGCUUUUACGAUUUCAUGUUCUAUGAAGACGGCAUCUACUCAGACAGUUGCCCCGAUGAAAAGAGAAUCACCGUUUCGGUUCUGAUCACAGGCUACGGUAGAUGUAAAAAACAAAAUUACUGGCUGAUAAAGAACUCGUGGGGCACCGAGUGGGGCAUUAAGGGCUACAUGAAGCUGGCACGCGACAGGGGCAACCAGUGCGGCAUCGCCUCCGCAGCAUUUUAUCCCACAUUACUUUUAACUAAGAAUGCUUAUAAUAAACUUCCUGCGCUCACUUAACAAAAUCAUUUGAAGAACGCAUAUAGAUCAACAAGGAUAUCUGGCCCGGUUAGGGUUAAGUCAAACUAUAACUGCUUUACAAAUAAACGCAGUAUAAAAUUAAACUUAGGAAUAUAGUAAGUAUAAGCAAAUAUUAGU